CGCAACAUGUGGUAUUUUUUUCUGUCAUAUUGAUCUGUCAAGUGCUGCGGGUUUUUUAAUAGUUGUCGAAACGUCGAAACCGUCAAGCUGGUGCUCGGCAGCGGCGUGUCUUUGUUGGGUGUUCCGCCGUGUCCAGAGUGAAAUCGCAAUUGCGCGUUGUGGGUGUCCUUAUGGCGCAGAAUUAGCGUCGUGUGGACGAAGCUCCGCCAUCCAGAUAUUGACUUUUUGCAGGAAUCCCGUGCAUCGGUGAGAACGGCGAGUGCAGGGUAACGUGGGGCCGCGCGGACGCUCGUCCUGCUGGAGUUCCAGGCACAAGGCGCAUUGCCAAAGGUCCGUACCUCGCGGAGCGGUUCGUGCAAGACCCGUCUUCUGGCAGUCGAUACUUUUGCUGCAGAAUGGUGUGAUCCGCCUGCAGACCGCGCGAGACCACCACACCAGGACACCCUUCGACGAGAGUAACAACGUAUUAUGGUGCCAUGAGACGGGACAAGGACCCGGAUCGACGAGACGUCAUGAAAAAGUUCACGUUCAAAGGCGUUUUGGACAACUUCCGCACCUCCGUGGCGCAGCAGGCCAAGCCCGACCAGGAGAUCCAGGAAACUCUGCGUCCAGACAACUUCCAAGUCAAAAGGACGUUUCGCCAUGGCUUCCCUUUUCAACCUACGGCAAUGGCAUUUGACCCCGUGCAGCGAUUACUAGCCAUCGGUUCGAAAUGUGGUUCCCUCAGGAUACUCGGCCAACCAGGCGUCGACAUUCACGUCCGACAUGACAUGGAUGGUCCUCCAGGGUCCGCAGCCAUCCUUCACUUACAGUUUCUUGUUAAUGAAGGAGCGUUAGUUUCCGCAACGGCAGAUGAUGUUCUCCACCUCUGGAAUUUCAGGCAGAAAGUUCCUCAGAUUGUUCAGAGCCUCAAGUUUCAAAAGGAGAAGAUCACCUGCAUGCACUUGCCACUGCAAUCUAAAUGGCUUUACGUGGGAACAGAACGAGGUAAUGUCCAUGUGGUCCACAUAGAAAGCUUCGUUUUGUCGGGAUACAUCAUUAACUGGAACAAAGCGAUAGAAGUUUCACGAAAAACGCACCCCGGCUCUAUAGUCCAUUUAAGUGAUAACCCUUUAGAUGCCAGUAAGUUAUUGAUAGGUUACGAAAGCGGUCAAAUUGUGCUGUGGGAUUUGAGGAAUAAAACGGCUGAAGUGAGGUGGCAAACAACCGAAUUAAAGAGUAUAGCGUGGCACCACGAAGGCAAACAGUUCAUGUGUUCGCAUGUCGAUGGGACAUUAACCACAUGGAGUAUUAAGGACAGAACGAAAUACCUUUGUAUUUCCCAACCUCAUGCGAAAGUUAAUAAAGACGGCAAAUCGGAACAAUGUAAACCUAUAAAUAAAGUAGAAUGGAAGUCAUCAAGGAUGGGGGAAGCAUAUGUGAUAUUUUCGGGUGGAAUGCCUUACGACCAAGCCGGCAGGACACCUAGCAUUACUGUUGUACAUAAUAAAACUACCACUGUGUUAGAAAUGGAAAGUAACGUUGUUGAUUUUAUUACCUUGAGUGAAUCUUUCUACUCUAGUGAAAUGCAGGAACCCUACGCAAUAAUAGCUUUACUUCAGAACGACUUAGUAGUAAUGGACUUACAAACGGCCGGAUUUCCUUGCUUGGAGAACCCAUACCCCAUGGACAUUCACGAGUCGCCCGUGACGUGUGUCAGUUACUUAGCGGACUGCCCUGCCGAUCUGAUCCCAGCAUUCUAUUCGGUCGGUAGGGCGAGCGCGACGAAAAGGCAAGGUUUCUCCGACAUGGACUGGCCGAUCAGCGGCGGUACGUGGUCGGCCCAGUCUUGCAGCUACAGCGAAAUUAUCCUCACAGGGCACGCUGAUGGGAGCAUAAAGUUCUGGGACGGGAGUGCCGGCACUCUCCAGGUCUUAUACAAGCUGAAAACGGCGAAAAUCUUCGAGAAACAAAGGGCGAGAUCGAUGGAUAACGAGGAGGAUCCGUUCGCGAUCGAGAUUAUCUCUCUUUGUCCCGAGUCGAGGAAGCUGUGCGUGGCGGGGGCUUCGAGCCACGUGAUUUUAUUCACGUAUAAGAAGUCGGAGAGUAACGACGAAGUUACCGUAUUGGAGAUUCCUAUAGUUUACGAAGUUCCUGAGGAAGGGGAAAUUUCGCCGGAUUGCCAAUUUUCCGGACCCGGAUCGGCUGGCUCGGGAAAUAGGCUAGAUAUGCUGGAUCUCGACAAUAAAAAAGAUACACCCACGCUUAAGGUUCGUGUCGGUGCCCAAAAGAAACUUCCCGGUUUCCAAGCACAAUUAGUUUGUUUAACCCCUUGGAACAAUGGAGAACCUCCGAGCCAUAUUACUGCGCUUACAAUAAAUAGUUCAUACGGACUGAUGGCUUACGGUAACGAAGCGGGAAUUGUGAUAAUAGAUGUAGAACAGAAAGUUUGCCUUUUAAAUGUCGGCAGUCCCGAUCUGUACGGCGCCCAGGAUCCAUACUCCAGAGUCCCCAGGAGUCCGAAGAAGGGCGUGGCCAGCGUCGCCGACAUUCUUCCAAUGAACCCGGAUCGGGACGAUAGGCAGCCUCGCAGCCCUAGCAUAGACCAGAUGGGAAGAUCCCCGGAAAGUCCCUAUUCCCUGUGCCCCUGCCCCACCCCUGUCGAACAAGCUUCCGAAGCUGUAGAAGAGGAAAAAGCCGUCCCGAUCCCCCAAGCCGCCACUCGCCGAAAAUCCUCUACCUGGAAGGGUUUCAACCUUAAGAGACAGUUAUCAAAGGUCGACAUUAAGAUUAAGAAUCCGUUGAAGGAAAAAAGAAAUUCGAUUUUCUACUCGGACGUAUCGCCCGAACCCGACAAUUUAGACGAUAGUAAAUCAUCCCCGGAUUCCGACGAGAAUACGGUUAUAGACAAUCAGAGCGUCAUAGAUCUGACGCUUUCUCUUGGUAAAGAGGACCAAAAAGACGUAUACGAAGAAUUUCCGGCCGAGAUACAGUUUUCUCCGGGAGAAGACAGCGACACACCUUUCUUGGUGGGUUCGGUAGGGACCCAAUACGAAGUCGAUAAUCGCAGAAAAGUGGGUUUCGCGAUGAGACCCGAUAACUUGGACUUGGUGGACGAAGACGGGUGUCCCGUAAGACCACCAAGACACGUAAAGAAAAAGAACCCAGAUAAGAGAGACCAAAGACUGUUAUCUGUACCAAAUAUCAAAUUUCAGAGACCUGAGGUUCAGUCUCUGAAAGAUCUGAGAGACAGGGAGGAGAGCGUGGUCAGCCCGCAGCCGUCGUUUACCGGGAAUCUGAUGAGGCGUUUCAGCCGCGUAGACAAGCUGGAUAGUUCGUUUUCAAGAUCAAGAUCAAGUUCCAUGAGCUCACUAGAGAAUAUCACCUCUGAGGCAAUACAGUGUCUGGUGUUUGCCGAUUCUUUCGCAAAGAAAUCAGAACCCACAGUUGUAAUGCCGACCUUAUGGGUCGGCACAAGUUUGGGAUCAGUGUUGACUAUACUGAUCGCCCCACCGGAUUCGGACAGCAGAUCAUCUCAACCUGUUGUUGUGUCGCUUGUUGGAGUUACUAUCUUUAGACUGAAAGGAGCGAUUUUGCAUAUGUCCUUCCUGGAUUACAACGGAUCUCUCAUACCGAACGCCUACGAGUCGUGGAGGGACGAUAAUCGAGACAAACGAGAGAAAACCCCAACUAAAAACCAGAAUCGGAUGAGCCCAACCCUCAGUGAUCAACAAAACAGAGGCGACUCGUUCAACGACAGGCAGUACGUUGUGAUCGUAAGUGAAAAACAAGCGAGAGUCGUCGCAUUGCCAUCCCAAACUUGCGUCUAUCGUCAGCAAUUAACCGACUCGGACUUUGUUGUGAAAGCCGAGGUGAUCUCAUUAAGGGAGAGCGUGUGUUUAAUGUGUUACGUUUCGAACGGCCAUUUGGUAUCGUAUAGUCUGCCGAGUUUAAGACCGCUCAUCGAUAUAGAUUUUCUGCCGUUGUCGGAGCUUAGUUUCCAGACACAAUCUAACAAAGGCAUUGUAGACCCAAUGUUAUCCAUUUGGGGACAACAACUCAUUGUUAACGAGGAUACUGACCAAAUCGCUCGAACAUUUUGCUUCAGCAAUAGGGGACACGGAUUGUACUUAACAUCGCCGUCUGAACUACAAAAGUUUACACUUUGUACAGACUUUUGCUCAAAUCUUACGGAUUUGAUUGGCGAGCUAUUUUUACCACUGGACAUGCCGGAACCACCCAAAGAAAGUUUCUUUAAAGGUCUCUUCGGUGGUGGAGUGCGUACUUUAGACAGAGAAGAGCUAUUCGGGGAAUCCAGCGGCAAAGCGAAUAAAUCUGUGGCAAAACACAUACCAGGAAAUCUUCAGGAGAUGGGUGCUAGAGCAACGACUGCCACAAGCGAAAUUAGUAGAGCCCACAAAUUAAUGAUAGAAAGAGGCGAGAAACUAAGUCAGCUUGAAGAUAGAGCCGAAAGGAUGCGAGCCGAAGCGGAAAACUUCCAGUCGUCGAGCCACGAUCUCAUGCUCAAGUACAAAGACAAGAAAUGGUACCAAUUGUGAAGUGUUUACAUGUUUAUUGUACAGUUUUCCGUUCUAGACUAGUCCUAUAGUCAAUAGAUGAGGCAGAAAAUGACGGUUGAUCAAUAAAUUGGAAGAAGGUGCUGGAUGUAGUGUGUAAAUGCGAUUCAGUGAGUUUGGGUUAUCUUGAUCGACUGUCACUUGCUGCCGUGCUAUAAAUUCUUAAACUUAACGCGAAUUGUGAUAUUCUAUUCUGCCUGAGGAUAGAUUAACUUGUAUUAUCAUUUAAUACUGUUUAAAGAAGAGCACAUGGUUUUCGCACCCAGAAUAUAUAAUUCAUACAAUUGUAUGUAACUUGAAAAUGUGUUAAUGUAGGUUUUUAAUGAAAACGUAGCAAGUUUGUACCUUUGCUACUUUAUUAUUUUAGGAGUAUUUAAAAGGGGUAAGUACCGAAAAGCGCAGGUCACUUUUGUAGGUAUCUUCAUUUUCGUCAUAUCAGGAAUUAAUAUCAGACUUAAGUAAGCUCCAAAGCUUUUUACGCAACUGACAGUGUAGCAGUUAUGUAAAAGAAAUACUAUUUUUUUAAAAGAAUUAUAAAAAUUGUGGUGCAUAUACUGCGAAUCGUGCUUUCUGGUGGUUACCACCUUUCAAAUAAAGAAAGUAAAUCUAAGUCAUAUAUCAUAUUCAGAUCCUUGUAGAGUAGACCUUAAUCGACUAAACUUAAUAUUUUUCGUUGAUUUUGUACUUUUUUGUUUUCAAACUUUCGUUGUUACUUAUAUAUUAUUCACUAGUCAGCUGACCUCGUUACAAUUAAUUGUCUUAAAUUUAAUUCAAGAACUUGUACAUACAAUUAGAAUAGGCGCCAGUAGUGAAUGUAAAUACGUAUACCUACUGAAAUUGUUUCUUUUACCUGUUAAAAAUGUUAGGUAUUUGGAAGACAAUAAGCUGUAUGUUUCCUUAUCUCUUUCAGGCCCAGUUGAUUUCUCACAGGUAUAUUCAAUUUCAGUGUUAUCACUUGUCCUUUGGAUUGGCUUCUUCUCAUUUUGGCACUUGAGCCAGACGGCAAAUGUUAACGCUGCGAUUUGAUUGUGUGCUUCUUAACUUUUGUAAAUUAUUUCAUGUCUUCCUACUUCUCCAUUAAUAAUGAUAAUGCCAAAUGUACCUAUAAUCUCACGAAAUCAAAUAAGAGAUGUGACAUAUAUGUUUGUAGAUGGUAGAAUGGUUGUUGCCAUAGAACAUUCGGUUAGUGACAAAAAUCUUGUACUAAUAUCUCUGUAUUUUGUACAGAUUGUGCUGGGUCCCACAUGGGCAUCCAGAAUUUUGGGAAAACUUUUAUAAUAUCGCUGAAAAUUAUUUUCACAGUCCAGGCCCAUCUCAAUCUGCUUGUAGCUACAAUUUUGAUUUUUGGUUAAGCAAACACUGUAGAUAAGGCGAAAUUGUUUCUAUUUCUAUAUAUUUUAUUUAAUGUUACCUUGUAUGCAUAUUCUAUUUGUAAAGAGGGAACAAUGUUGAGUACCGGAAGAAUGAAAGCUCUGCUGUCAGAGCAUGAUGGAGCAUUUUGGAAGAAACUAUCUCUUCUAUUUAGAUUUUUCAUUUCCAUUCCAUUCGCAUUGGAUUCAUUCUAAAUUGUUAUAAUGCUAUUUAGUGACACAAAAAUUAUAUUAUUGUUCCAUAAAUAAAGGAAGGUUUGUUUUUAAA